AUGAAGUCGGCGACAGCGUCGUACCCCAACAGCGUCGUCGGUCCCUACGACUGGACGUACUUCCCUGGCCUCUCUUCCCCCAUCCCCCCUCCCCAUUUCCCCCUCCCGUUCCCUCCCCUCUCUCCCCCGCCCCCUCCCCAUCCCUCUCCUCCAAACUCGCAAUCGCCUUGCGCCGUGCGGGGAGCAGCGGAGGUGCCGGAGGGCGCGCUGAUCGUGAGGACGAGGCGCCUGCAGGCGGCGCAAGCAGCAGCACAGACGCAGCACGAGUCACUGGAGGCAGCAGCCAAGGCGGCGGGGGGAGCGCUUUCCCCCUUUGGGGGGGCCAUGGGCGCAGUCACAGUGGAGCGCGGGCAGGGGCAGGGGGAUGGCCCGGGGGCAGGGGGAGGCGCAGGGGCGGGGAAGGGUGGGGGAGGGGCGAUGGUAGACGCUUCUGCUGCAGCUGCAAUCGCGGUUAUGGUGGGGGAAGGGUGGGGGGGCGGCGGUGGUAAAGGGAAUGGCACAGUGGGGGAAGGCGGGUCCGGGUUGGGGGGUAGGAGUGGGGGAGGGGCGGGGCAGUCGCACUGCGCCUUGUUCCAUUCCACCGCCGUCUUCAGCCUUCCCGCCGACCAGCAACCGGUAGCAGGCACGUGGAACGUGGGGGUGUUCAGCGAGUGGGGGCCGGCGCGCACGCAGUCCAAGAUGGUGCUGCGGGGCACGGCGCACACCUUCGACCUCACCCUCACCACCUUCUCCUGCUUCAACGCCCCGCUGCUCUCCGGCCGCUUCUGCAACGACUCGCGCACCCCGCUGCCCCUGCACCCCCUCUCCUCCCACACGUUUCUCCCUCCUCGCCCUCCUGUGACACCGCCAGAAGCCAAUGCUUCGACUGGAAACGACUCUUCUUCCUCUUCCGACUCUUCCUCCUCCUCCUCCUCCUCCUCCUCCUCCUCCUCCUCCUCCUCCUCCUCCUCCUCCUCCUCCUCCUCCUCCUCCUCCUCCUCCUCCUCCUCCUCCUCCUCCUCCCCCUCCCCCUCCCCCUCCCCCUCCCCCUCCACCUCCCCCUCCCCCUCGCCAUCCCCCCCCUCCCCCUCCCCAUCCCCCUCCGACCCCUCGUCCCGCCAUCACGAUGCAUUCACAGCACCGGGAAUGGACGCCCUGUACGGGGGCUCUCUCACUCACCAGUGCGUGCGCGCCUCCUCUCCCCCGCUCCUCUUCACCCUCGCCAUCCCCCAGCCGCUGCCCAAGCUCCUCAUCUCCAUCUACCCCGAACCCUCCUCCUCCUCUGCCUCCUCAACCUCCCCCCUCCCGUCGUGGCUCACGGGUCACGCCCGCUCCGCCAACGCCUCUCCCUCCGUGCAGCUGCGCCGCAUGGCUCUCCUCGGCCCGUCCAAUCGCGGCGCGCCAGCUGGACCCUCCUUUUCCGUGCAGCCGCGUUUAGAGACCGAGGAGCAAGCAGGCAGCAGCAACAGCGGUGGUGUCAGGGGUAGUGGAGGGCAGGGGGAGAGGGGGGGAGCGGAGGGGGUGGCGGGGGUGGACGUGUGGUGGAGCGAGGGGCGCAUGGACAUUGGCAGCUGGCAGGCCGUGGCUGACCCGGGCUCCUGGCACCUGCUGCUCUCCCACCCUGCCAGCACCGCUGCGCGGAGUGGGUCCGGUAAUGGCAGCGCGAUUAGCAACAGCAGCAGCAUUGGUGUCAACGGUAGUGCCAGUGUUGGCAGUGGUAACAGUGGUGGUAGUGGCAGCGGUGGUCGAGAGGGGGGGGGUGGUGGGUGGUGGGCGUCGCUGUGGGGGGGGUCGUGGGCGCACGGGCAGCAGGGGGGGGCUGCGGAUGAGGGAGAGGGGGGCGGAGAGGUGUGUGUGAGCAUCCAAUGGAAGGCUGCCACGUGUUUCCCCCGCCUCACUGGGCCUCAGUGCCAGUGGCCGCUCAUUCCCCUCGAGGAGCCUGCUCCUUUCACACCGAAUGCAGUGCGGUGCAGUGCGGUGAGAUGGAUGGAUGACUCGUAUUGCAUGCCUCUCACACCCAACAUGCUCCUUCUACUCUUGUUAAACCUGUGCCCUUCCUCCCGCACCCCUCUCACCUCCCACCCCUCUCUUUGUGCCAUCCUGCCCUCUGCCUCUCCCUCACACCCAUCACCCCCGCACCCCCCCUCCCCACCCAACUUGGCCCAUCACCCCUUCUGCAUGCCCGUGCCCUUCCCACCAUCCCACCAGCCGCACCUGCUCUCGUGGUCGUACGAGUCGGGUCUUGAUGCAGCAUACCUGCCCCCCGCCUCGCCCGCCCCGCCCUCCCUGUGGGCCUCGUGGUUCCCCGUGCCCCUGGCGGCCUCGCCCUCCCCGGCGCGCCCCACGUGGGCCUUCCUGUCGCUCGCGCCGCCCUUUGGUGCGCGCGGGGGCGUCCUCUCCAUCCACCUGCGCCUCCUGCCCCUCCGACGGGGGGGAGGGGCGCAGGGGGAUGGGGAGGGGCAAGGGGGAGUGGGGGAGAGUGGUGGCAGUGGUAGCAGCAGCAGCAACAGCAGUGCGGGGGGGUUGGCAGCAGGGGCAUCAGGUGCAGCCCCGCGGGCGUUUGUGUAUCUGCUCGUGCGUGCCGGUGGCCUGCCGUCCCUCACACGCUUUGAUGCCUCCUCUGUCGCACCGGCCACUGAUAUGGGUGAGUGGGUGGGCGGGGGUUGUUGGGUGGGGAGGACCAUUCCACCUCCUACCCUCCUCUCUUUCCACCCCUCCCCAUCCCCUCUUCCCCCGUUCCACCCUUGCACGGCUUCAGGCAACUCACCAUUGCCCUCACCUUCUCUCAUCCCUCAUUCCUCCGCAUCCCCCCCACCCUCUCCGCCCUCCCGUGCAGCGGCCAGGGGCGGGCAGCUAUCACUGGAGCUGAUCCACCCCGCGGAGGUCACCACCUUCGUGGCCGUGGGGCUGGACGCUGCCCCGCCAGGCACAAAGGGGGAGCGCGAGGGGGAGGGGGAGGGGCAGGAGGACGGGGGCGAGGGGGAGUGGGAGUGGGAGUGGGAGGUGCGGGUGGUGCAGCACGGCUGCCCCAACGGCUGCUCCGGCAGCCCCUGCCACGUCAUGGCGGACGGCGCCUUCCAGUUCGGCGUCUACUACUGCUUCUGUGAUAGAUCGCACGGGGGUGUUGACUGCUCUAUUGAGACCGUCUCACAGCUAGGGUGGGUGCUGCAGGGUGGGUGCUGCAGGGUGGGUGCUGCAGGGUGGGUGCUGCAGGGUGGGUGCUGCAGGGUGGGGCAGCAACCAACACAGCUCCCUCUCUGA